GGAUCACAAUAAAAAGCAAAAGGCAAGUAGUCGUCGAUCGAAAACGAAACCAAAGCUGUAGCUGCGCGUGCUAUCGAUGUCCAUAAACUUGAACUUGAAGCGUGGCCAAAAGCGGCACGGCGGCAACUAGCAACCAGCAACUAUCAACUAGCCAGCAGCAACAUGCAACAUGCAACAUGAGCAGGCUGACACACGCAACAAUGCCGCACACAAAUAUGCUUCCAGAGAAGUGGCAGCAAAAUGCUGGCGUGUUUUACAUUGGCCAAAAUUGCAGCAGCCAGUGGCCAAUUGCGGAAAAUUUGCUAAAAAGCGAUAUAAAAGCCGAGCUUGCAACGCAGCCGUGUUAAUCAAAGCGCGUCGCUCGACAGGAAAAGUACAAGUGAUUCCAGGCUACCAACUAAAAUUGAAAUUUCAAGCGAAUCUCAGGCGAGAUGCAGUGCCAGCGACCCAUCCACUGUCACCUAUUCCUGCUGCAGCUCCUAGCGAUUCCCUACCUCCUGCUGGGAUCCCCUGUCUCGAGUCCCGAAAUAGCUGGCAAGAGUUCCAAAUCGGCAAAUAGCUUGCAACAACAGGUGCAACAGCAGCAGCAACAGCAGCAACAGCAACAACAGCAGCAGCAGCAGCUGCAACAGGAGGCGCACCUGAAUUCGCUGAGUGCCUACGCCAGUGGCUAUGACAUGGUCCAACAGCAAAACCUGGCUCAAAAUCAGCUUCAACAAAACCAGGUCUUGUCAGCACCCACGGAUCCGGCGUUCAAGCCCUCGUACAAGAUGCCCGAAAUGGAGACCAAUUUCACGCCCAUGCAAACGGGCGGAACACCGAGUGUGGCCAGUCUGCCCUCCACUCCCAUGCUGAUGCAGUAUCUGCCGGCCCAGACCAUCCAAGAUGGUUCGGGCAACGCGGUCCAGUAUCUUCAGUUGAUCCCCACCCGUCCCAUUAUUGUGCCCAUUUCUCCGUAUCUUUCUGCUGCGGCCGCUGCGGCUGCAUCUCCGGCCGGAAUCUCCGCCGGCGGACAACCGGAUUUUGGCGGACGGACAGCCGCCGUUUUAAGUGCCCUGCAGCAGCCGAACUACGGAGCUCUCCCGGGAUACGCCGCCGCCACGGGGGGUUCCAUUAAUACCGCCGCCGGUUUCCGCAACAGCUAUCGCAUCAAUCGCGAGGCCAAGGACAAACACUACACGCCUACUUUCUCCCUAAACCUCAACGAGUAUUUCCCGGCCGCCACGAUGGGAUUAACCGGUGGCCACGAAGCCACCGCCGGCAAUGGUCACCAUUUGUAUCUGAGGGCCAGACCUUAAACUAUAAGAUAUAUGCUGCUGCCAAAGUCACACAAAUUGCCUCUAGAAUUGUUAGUUUUUUUUUUUGUUGCUAACCGUAAAAAAAUCCUGAAUAAAUCGUAACACUGUCUAACAUUAUUCAUACUAUAUACAUGUUUUUUAAACGAGCAAAAUGCUAAUAAGGUAAUCAAUUUAUCGCAGAACAAAUUCUGACUUAUUUGUAAAUCACAUUUCUCGAGAAUAUAUAUCCAUAUAAUAAGUUAAAUUUUUUGUGUUGCAAUCUCAUGAGAGAUAAAAAGAGUCCAACUCAUAAUAAUUGUCUCACGUAUGGCAAAUAGCAAAAACUUAAGACCAUUUUGCUUUCCAUUAAAUUUACAUAACUCCACUUUAGUUGAGUCACUGGCGUCGUUCUUCGGCGUGCGGCUUCCACCUUUCGUUUUCACACCAUCCGUGGUAGAUGUGCCAACAACCCAACGAGACCCAAAUAAACCCAAAUGGAACCCAUACGUACCCUUCCAUCUAGACUGUUUAUUUGCACAGCAGCUAAAGUGGGGGACAGUAGUGAGCAAAGAAAAACACACCUGCUACUAUCUUUAAAGCUGGAUUCCUAAACCCAAAGCCCAAAGCCCAAAAACCGAAGGUCAUUCGGUUUUCGGACAGAAUGCAGGGCCAUUGUUUUUGUUUCUCUAACAUUUGCUGCUUACGUGAAAGUGACCAAGAAAGACGCCAUUUCACGCUCAGCGGAGAAAACAGAGUCACUCAGUCUACACAGUACUAUAUGCGUAUGCCCCCCUCAAAAACAUGGGAGUUGCGUCAGCGGUGCCGCCAGCCAUUUCAUCUGUCUACUCCUAAUUGUCACAAUUUGACAAAUUCAUUUGGCAUUAACCGGCCGAAAUCGAAAUAAAGCUUUCAUUGCCUUCAUUCGAAGUCAUCCAGAUCUUUGAAAUGGGUAAGUAAAGGGGCUAAGCCCAAAGCAUCUUUCACUUGCCGCAUUAAGUGGAGCAAAUGCCCAAAGGCCUUUGAUCUUUUCACCGCAAAACAAUGACUAUGGCAACACACAUCUACUCU